GACACUGCCGCUGGCGCUGAUCAUCAAAUUUCAGUUCACUGCUCCCUUUCUUUGUGCUCUCUGAUGACACCCCACCCACGUUUUUGGCUUUCACCUCUGUCUUUGAUCUACCUUAUUAUAUAUGACGCCUCUCUCUUGAGCUUUCCGCAUUCCCUCCAUCCUCCAUCUCAUUCUUUUAAUUUGAUUAUUAGGAGCUGCGUGUGGUAUCAUCAAUGGUGAAACGGGAGAGAGAGAUAUUCAUAUUUUUCUUCUUAGCAAUAUUUUCCAAGGCAAUUGGCGGCACUAAGCCCUUCUGGAGAACGAGGCGGGAAGCUGCCAGGUCCAACGAGUGCUUGACCUGGCAGUUGGCCGUGGAGGCUAACAAUGUCCGCGGAUGGCGCACCGUGCCGUCUCAUUGCCUCCACCACAUCGAGACUUACAUGACCGGCGGGCAAUACGAGCAGGACAUUAACUACAUCGUGGAGCAAAUACAAAAUUACGUUGCACAGGUCGCCGUGGAUGAGGAUGCAAUGGAUGCUUGGAUCCUUGACGUAGAUGACACCUGCUUAUCAAAUAUACUUUACUACAAGAGAAAGAAAUACGGGUGUGAGCCCUAUGAUCCCUGGGGUUUCAAGGCAUGGGUAUUGAAGGCGGAGUGUCCAGCAAUCCCUGCUGUACUGGGGUUGUUUCGGAAGCUGGUGGACAGCGGAUUUAAGGUGUUCUUGAUCACCGGAAGAGACGAAGAUACCUUAGCCGCGGCCACCAUCGAUAAUUUGCAUAGCCAAGGAUUCAUGCGCUAUGAAAGUGUGAUUUUUAGGACGGAACCAUUCAAAGGGAAGAGUGCGGUGGUUUACAAGUCUGCAAUUCGGAAGCAAUUAAUGGAACAAGGGUACAGGAUAUGGGGGAAUGUUGGGGACCAAUGGACCGAUCUUCAGGGGGAAUGCUCGGGCAAUCGCACAUUCAAACUCCCUAAUCCUAUGUAUUGUGUUCCUUAAUGUACUACAUUAAUGGAUCAAAAUCCUGACCACAAUAAAUAAAUAUUAAUGGAACAUUUAUUAAAACAAAAUUAUGCGCA